AUGGCUAGCAGCAAUAAAGAGAAGGAGGAGAAAGACAUUGAGUUUAUGUUUAAUGAGGAGGAUGUAGAGGAGGAACUUGAUAUUGAAACUGACAAUGGCAGCAGUGAUGAUAAUUAUGAUGACGAUGAUGACACAAAUCAUGCAUUUCAACCUCACUCUUUCACUUCCAACCAAUGGCCUCAAAGUUACAAAGAGACUACAGAUUCUUACACAAUUGCUACAGCUCCAAGUUUUGGAUCGAUUCUAAAAGGACCAAGUUUUAUUUAUUCAAGUUUUGGCAAUCGUUCAAAGAGUAGUAACUCGGACAUAGAUGGAAAAUCUCCCUUUCUAUCCGCUCAUGAGAAAGAUUCAAUGCAAAAUCUUGCUGGAGAAAUAUCUCUUGGUCAUGGUUGCAGCUUCACUCAGACAAUUUUCAAUGGGAUUAAUGUGAUGGUUGGAGUUGGCCUUAUAUCUGCACCUUAUACGGUGAAACAAGCUGGUUGGGCGAGCAUGUUGGUGAUGACUCUUUUCGCAGUUGUUUGUUGUUAUACAGCCAUGCUUAUGAGACUAUGCUUUGAAAGUAGAGAAGGACUCACUAGCUACCCAGAUAUAGGAGAAGCUGCAUUUGGUAGAUAUGGCCGUAUUUUUGUAUCUAUCAUUUUGUACACUGAGUUAUAUUCAUAUUGUGUGGAAUUCAUCACCUUGGAAGGAGAUAAUCUCACUAGUCUGUUUCCUGGAACAUCCUUAGAUUUAGGUGGUCUCCAUUUAGAUUCCAUGCACUUGUUUGGAGUUCUUACUGCACUUAUUGUUCUACCUACUGUUUGGUUGAAGGAUCUCCGAAUAAUCUCGUAUCUAUCAGUUGGAGGGAUUGUAGCAACAAUAUUGAUUUCUAUUUGCGUGUUAUCGGUCGGGACAGCAGUUGGAUUCCAUCAUACUGGUCAAGUGGUGAAUUGGAGUGGCAUUCCAUUUUCUAUUGGUGUCUACGGGUUUUGCUUUGCAGGACAUUCAGUUUUUCCAAAUAUAUACCAGUCUAUGGCUGACAAAAAACAAUAUACCAAAGCAUUGAUAACAUGUUUCACUUUGUGUAUUUUGAUAUACGGAAGCGUUGCAGUUAUGGGAUUUCUCACAUUUGGCGACAGCACUUUGUCUCAGAUAACAUUGAAUAUGCCGGCAGCUGCAUUUGCUUCCAAAGUUGCAUUGUGGACAACAGUAAUUAACCCAUUCACUAAAUAUCCUUUUUGCAUAGAAUGA